CUAAAUUGAGUUGGCAUUACUCGGGAUUGUUUCGAUUUAUUUUUGUUGAUGUUGACCGAUUUCAAAUGAAAUCGAGAAGAUUGCAUGGUAGUGUACUUGUAAUUAUAUAAUGAAAUAGAAUGACUAAUUAAUGAUUAACAUAUUAAUAAUUCGAAAAUUAGCAUUUUACGCAUAUAUUGAUUGCUGAUAUUUAAAAAAAAAGAGAACAGCAUGUCUGUUUUAGAUUCAUUUAAUAGUUGGUUGACUGAGAAACUUGGGAGCUAUGACAUCGAAGAUGAAGUAAUGGGAUCCUAUAUUAGUAGUAUUAUCACAACUGAUGAAGCCGAUGCUGAUAAAAUAGAUUCCUUGAGAGACAUAUUACUUGAUUUACUGAAUGGAGUAGGUGUAGAAGAAUUGUGUUCUGAGAUAAUUAAUAAAUGGAAUGAAUAUCAUGAAAUCUCUAAUUCAAAGAGUGAUGAAACAGAGCAAUUUGAUCUUGGCCAUAAAGUUGCAUUGAUUAUGGGAAAACAAGUUCAACCUGUCCUCAAACCUGUCAACCGCUCUAGUGAGGAGGAACAAUUGAGAGAAGCUAUUUUGACUCGCUGCAGAUUUGUAUCAUCAGAUGAAGAGGACUGUGACUCGGAUGAAGGAGGAGCCUCAUCGUCUUUUCACCCUUCUGCUCAAAAUCAGAAUGUUGAAGCCGUCGUUCAAGCGGAGAAAGAGAGGCGAGAAACUUUGAAGUCAGAAGCGGAUAAAAAGAAAGCUACGGAUAAAGUGGGCAGAGAAAAGCAGAAACAAAAGCAAGAUGAAAGAAGAGAGAAGGAAAGAAAACGAACACAAAAGCAAGAAAGAAGAAGGUAGAAUACUGCUGUUCCUGCGUGUAUGUUGUUUGUGCCUGGAAAUCGUUGUUUUCUUCCUAAACUAGUUAAUGUCCUCUGGUAGUUUGUUAUUGUAAUUAAAAAUUCAUAAAUUUGUUUCAAAUAAAUAAGUGAGGUUGCAAUGUAGGCUACUGAAUACAUUUCAUAGAUGAAGAAAAAGAAAUUUGUUGAAGGAUAUUGAAAUUAAAAAAUGCUUUUGUGAAGAAUUCAUGCAUUUUAUAAAUGUAUAUUUCACCUGUACUGAAAAUUUUAUUUUAAUAAAGUCAAAGAAAAGCCAAAUCUUGAUAUCUUAAACUUAAACAGAGUUGUUAGAUUAAUUAGGGAAAACCUGGAAAAUACAGGGAAUUUAAAAAUCAUCUAAAAUAACAGGGAUAAUGUAGGGAAAUUUGAGUUUUUGUUUAGAAACUAGAAAAAUACAGGGAUUUUGUUUCUUAUUCUCGUCUUUUAAAAAAUUUUAACUACUCGAAGUGCUAUCUAUGGGAUAUUUAAGGAUAAUAUUUCAGUUUUAUUAAACUAGUUCAUUCAUAUGCUCAGCUGUUCCUUUUUUCUCUUAAGUUUUUUACAGCUAUUAUAACUUGUACAGUUAGCCCAAUACAGAUCAUAUGUGAUUAUGUUUUUCCUCUUAAUAUAUUGUGUAGAAUAUGCAUAGGGAAAAA